CGGUCAGACUAAAUUGUAUAAUGUAAUUUGGAUUUAUUUAAAAACAGAAGAAUAUCUAACAAACGACAGCAAUAUGGCACUACAAAUCCUGAGGCGUCUGACCAGCACGCUGCCAGUGACGAACAUCACGGUCAGUGCCACCACCAACACCUGCCAGCAGCAAUUGCUACACACAACGCCGGCGUGCUGUGAGAUCCGGAAACUGGCCCGUCUCCGGGUGGUGGACAACAGUGAACUGGGGAAGCGUGCGAUGGCAGAGGGUCGCCCGCCGCGCUGCAUCCAUGUGUACAAUAAGCGCGGCGUCGGCUACAUUGGCGACAAGGUGCUGGUGGCCAUCAAGGGCCAGAAGAAGAAGGGCAUACUGGUGGGCCUCAAGCAGAACCAGAAGCCCAAGCAGCCGAAGUUCGACAGCAAUAAUCUGGUUCUGAUCGAUGACAAUGGCACACCGCUGGGCACACGCAUCCAUGUACCGAUACCCACCGUCCUGCGCACGAUACUCAAGGAGAAGACAGUGGCCAAGGGUGCCGACUACACCAAGGUGCUGGCCAUCGCCAGUCGCUAUGUUUAGUCUUUAAUGUUGUGGAUUGUGUAACGAAAUAAACAACAGCUUUGUUAUAGUAUAA